GCCUGGCGGAGGUUUCCCGCCGCGGACCCCGGAUGCGAGAGGUCUCGGAGGAGGCAGGUGCCGCUGAAGUGGGGCACCCAGGACCACUCACCUUCCACCUGCUAAGGACCCGCUGCUGCCAUGGGCUACCAGGGGCAGCAGCCCAUCAUCCCGCCACAGAGAGAUCUAGCUGACAAAGAAACCCUCGUUUCUGAACAUAAGCACAAAGGGAAAACUUGCCGUCAGUCUGCUGCUGUUUUUAAUGUUGUCAACUCUAUUAUAGGAUCUGGUAUAAUAGGAUUGCCAUAUUCAAUGAAGCAAGCUGGCUUUCCUCUGGGAAUAUUGCUUUUAUUCUGGGUUUCAUAUAUUACAGACUUUUCCCUUGUUUUGUUGAUAAAAGGAGGGACUCUCUCUGGAACAGACACUUAUCAGUCUUUGGUCAAUAAAACCUUUGGCUUUCCAGGGUAUCUCCUCCUCUCUGUUCUACAGUUUUUGUAUCCUUUUAUAGCCAUGAUAAGUUACAACAUAAUAACUGGAGACACUUUGAGCAAAGUUUUCCAAAGAAUCCCAGGAGUUGAUCCUGAAAACUUGUUUAUUGGUCGCCACUUCAUUAUUGUGCUUUCCACGAUUGUCUUUACUCUGCCUUUGUCCUUGUACCGAGACAUAGCAAAGCUUGGAAAGAUCUCCCUUAUUUCCACAGUUUUAACAACUGUGAUUCUUGGGAUUGCAAUGGCCAGGGUAAUUUCAUUGAGUCCACACAUACCAAAAACAGAAGAUGCCUGGGUAUUUGCAAAACCCAAUGCCAUUCAGGCUGUUGGUGUCAUGUCGUUUGCAUUUAUUUGCCACCAUAACUGCUUCUUAGUGUAUGGUUCUUUGGAGGAACGCACAGUAGCUAAGUGGUCCCGCAUCAUCCACGUGUCCACCUUGGUUUCUGUGCUUAUCAGUAUUCUCUUUGCUGCAUGUGGAUACUUGACAUUUACUGGCUUCACCCAAGGAGACUUAUUUGAAAAUUAUUGCAGAAAUGAUGACCUGGUAACCUUUGGAAGGUUUUGUUAUGGAGUCACGGUCAUUUUGACGUACCCAAUUGAAUGCUUUGUGACCAGAGAGGUAAUUGCCAAUAUAUUUUUUGGUGGGAAUCUUUCAUCAGUGUUCCACAUAAUCGUAACAGUGGUUAUCAUCACCAUAGCCACGUUCGUGUCAUUGCUGAUGGAUUGCCUUGGAAUCGUUUUAGAACUCAAUGGUGUGCUUUGUGCAGCUCCCCUAAUUUUUAUCAUUCCAUCAGCAUGUUAUCUGAAACUGUCUGAAGAACCGAGGACACACUCCGACAAGAUUAUGUCCUGUGUCAUGCUCCCCAUUGGUGCUGUGGUGAUGGUCGUGGGGUUCGUCAUGGCCGUGACAAAUCCGCAGGACUGCACGCACGGCCAGGAAAUGUUCUACUGCUUUCCUGACAAUUUCUCUCUCACAAACAUCUCAGUUUCUCAUUUUCAACUGACCACUCAGCUUUCAGUUUUAAACAUCAGUACCUCUCAAUGAGUUGACUGCUUUAAAAAAUAUGUACAUUUUCAUAGAGUUCUUAACCACAUUAUGGCAUUCACACGUUUUAGUAUCUAUAUUAUAAAAUUAUUACCUUGGCAUUUAUUAAGACUUGGCUUUCCUUAUUCUUUAGCUCAAUAGGAAAUUUAAAAAGAAGAAUCAAAUCCACUUUUUCUUAAGCUGGGACAAAAUAAAUGUCUUG